CAUUAAACACGCAACUAUAUGGCAAUAUAUUUUAAUGUUUUAUUUUUUGCUUUUCCAUACUUUUUGCUACAAUUUACAGAGCGGAUAAACAAACCUGAAUCUUUGCUCUUUGCCCCGAAAGUACUGAUUCCUUGCUUGUAAAAUCUCUGUAGGAAAUGCUCCCAAUCUACAAGUAGUACUGUAGUUGUCUUUUACGGCAGUUAUUUCCUCAAUUUACAAAAUUAAUUCUGUUCUUCAAUUUGUUUCAAUUUAAACUUUAAAUUUAAUAAGAAUUAAAUCCCUGGGUAAAGAAAAAUACGGACGCACUAGUGGGUAUCGGAUGCCAGAGGUGGGGUUGAGUGAGGAUAAAGCUAUGUUUUUUAGGAUGCAUUUUGAGAGUUUGGGUUGAUUGAGAAAUGAAUUUCUGUUUAUUCUGUGAAAAAUCCAGAAAUUAAGGUAUGGAACCCCCAAGGGGGGUGUUGGCUUCAUUGAGAAACUUCGUACGGUUCUUGCCUUACUUCAUUGGCCUUCUAAUUCUUGGCUUUAUCAAAGGCAUCGUGUUAUUCCCGUUUGUAUGUCUUAUAAUGAUGAUUGGGAUAUCUGGAAUAAUUUUGAGUCUUUGGCCGAUACACCUUUUUUAUACAUGUUAUUGCAUUUUGAGAACAAAACAACUUGGGCCAGUUUUGAAAGUUGUACUUUGCAUAUGUACUGCCAUCAUCUCAAUUACAUGGCCUCCAGUUGGAAUUGUCAGUAGCAUUUUAGGAGGAGCAGCAUAUGGCUUCCUUGCACCAAUGUUUGCCACUUUUCAGGCAGUCGAGGAAGGGAAGACAGAUAAACUUUGUCACUGUAUAUGUGAUGGAACUUGGGGCACAGUCAAAGGGAGCUUCACCGUUAUUAGGGAUUUUAUGGAUGUUUGUUACCAUUCAUACUUCUCAAUUAUGGAUGAUCUACUGUCCAAGGGAAAAUAUUAUGAAAUUAGAUUGCUCUUUCUUCCUUUAGCUCUUAUAAUUGGAGUACUGGGAGCAAUGAUUGAUCUUCCAGUGAUCUCGAUUAUUGCCUUCUGCAAAAGCCCUUACAUGCUUUUCAAGGGUUGGCAUCGUCUGUUUCACGAUUGUAUAGGUGGAGAGGGGCCAUUCUUGGAAACAAUAUGUGUGCCAUUAGCAGGUCUCGCAAUUUUACUUUGGCCAUUGGCCGUUGUUGGGGCAGUUUUGGGUUCCAUGGUUUCAAGCAUCUUCUUGGGCUCUUAUGCAGCUGUAAUAGUGUAUAAGGAGUGCUCUAUUUGGUUUGGACUUUGUUAUAUUGUCGCUUCAUUGUCCAUUUAUGAUGAAUACAGCAAUGAUGUUCUAGACAUGCCUGAAGGAUCCUGCUUACCUAGACCACGUUACACAAAGGAGGCUCCAUCACGAAUGAGCUCCAGUUCUGCUUCUUUCUCAAGGCCCAGCUCUUUCAAAAAGGCACCUUCACGUACAACUUCUCUUUCUGCACCUAUGAUUGAGUUGAAGCCCCUCGAGUUAGCUAAUUCCUUAUUCGAGGAGUGUCAACGACGUGGGGAAGUUUUAGUUUCUAAAGGGAUAAUAACCCUAAAAGAUAUUGAAGAUGCUAAGAAUAAGAAAGGAAGUGGAAAGGUCAUAAGCAUCGGUUUACCCGCUUAUUGCAUUCUUCAGGCACUUAUAAACUCUGUAAAAGCUAAUUCGACUGGUAUAUUGCUAAGUGACAAUACCGAAAUAACUACCUCAAAUAGGCCAAAAGAUGCGUUCUUUGAUUGGUUUCUUAAUCCACUACUAAUCAUUAAAGACCAGAUUAAAGCUGACAACCUUUCUGAGGAAGAGGAGGAAUACCUUGGCAAAUUAGUUUUAUUGAGCAGUGAUCCUGCGCGGUUAGAGAAUUCAAAUAUCAGCCCUCCUGAAUCCGAGCUAAGACGAGCUGCACUUGAUGCAUUAGCUCGAAGACUUCAAGGGAUAACCAAGUCUAUAACAAGAUAUCCAACAUUUAGGCGUCGUUUUGAUGAUAGUAAGGAAAUCAUUUUACAAGAGCUCGCUAAGAAGAAUGGCGAGAACUCAAAAUCAAGCAGCAGUCGGCCUCAAACAGUUCCGAGGUCAAAAAGCAUGUUCACCCAGAUAUUUAGCCAGAAGUCUUUUCAAAGCAGAACAGACAUCUCGGGUUCUGAUCAAGGGGCUCAAACAGUUGUCGAAAGAGAUGUAGAAAUUGGAUAAACAGACUUCGUACCUAGUUAGAAACCUGUUUGCAAUUUGUUGUUGUAUCGUCACAUACUUAGCAUUGAGCUAUACGGUAGAUGUUUCUCUUGUAUUUUUCUUACUAUUGUUUUUAAGAGGUUGAUAUAUAGGUUUUUCAUAU